AUGCCGAAGAAAAGAAAUCAGGACCCUAACACUAGACAGACCUGGAACAGAGCAUCUCUGCAACCGGCGCAACAGCAUUCUGCUGCAAAACUGGAUCAGACUCGUGACGGCGAAAAACCUGUUCCGGAACUCACACAAGAAAAGGAGUCAUCCAGUCCAUUGUCCGUAGAAAUGGAUAAAUGUGAUUUGUUACAAGAAACGCAAGAAAGUGUGGACUACUUUGACGAUAUUGGUUUUCCGGAAACAAAUGUAGCUCUAGUUGUAGAAGAUAAGAAAAUUCACGUUAACAAAGCUGUCCUUUCCAAACAUUCACCUGUGUUUAACGCCAUGUUUUAUGGAGGCUUUAAAGAGAGGACUGCAAAGGAGAUCAAAUUGGGAAACAAAAAAGCUAAGGAUGUUGUGGAGUUUCUUCGAUGCUUUUAUCCAAACAUGAAACAUGCAAUAACAGAGAUCAAUGUACUGAAAGUACUACCAUUGGCACACGAAUACCAGUCGCCUCUUGUUGAUAAUUGUGAGAAGUUGAUGAUAAGCAAGUGUAAACAAGGAACGGGUCUGACAGUGACGUCACUACUGGAUUACAUCAUAGCGGCCGAAAAAUAUGACUUGGAAACAUUCCUGGAUACUGCAGUAGAAUUUUGUUCCCAUGUUGAUUUUGAUCUUCUUAAUGGGAAGACGAUACAAAGAAGACAAAGUCGAUAUGAUAACUAUUCUCGUCAUUGGAUUUACGAUGACUGUGUGCAGGAAGAUAAGGAAAUUUCUUCAAAAUUUUUAGACAUUACUCUUAAAACCCGGCAUGCGAUAUCUGUCGAAAGACUUCAAGUACUUGAAAAGAAUAAGAGAAAGAUGAAAAUUGGGGAACAAAAUGAGGAAGAUUAUCAUAUGAUAUUACAUGCAAUUAAUUUCGACAUUUCAUUAUAUACUUGA